UUACAAGCGUGAGCCACCGCGCCUGGCCUUAAAUGUUGUUUUAAAACAAAUUUGUGAAAAGAAGAGGCCCUGCCUGCCAGGAAGGGAUGUUGUAGGGCGCAGCAUCCGGGCAGGUUAAGGCACCAGGUCCCCUCUUUGGAAACCCUCACGGCCUGGCUGGUGACCCUGGCGCCAUAGGGAAGGCACGCCUGGCUCCAGGCAGCACAGAGGCAUUGCGGAGGUCCUGGAGGAGCCUGGCACGAUAUGGGUUUCCCUGUGCUCAACUUCAAGCAGGAUGCGCUGUCUGUGAACCUAGGGACAGGGCCGGCCGACACAGGGCCAGGGCGUGCGACAGCGCUGGGCCAGGGCUGAGCAGCACGCAGAGCCGGAGCCCAGGCGGGAACUCUGGCGGAUGGGACCGCAGCCGUUCCCACGUAGCGGCCCAGCAGUGCAACAGUCGCCACCAGCCGCCGGGCUUCCGGGGCCGGGAGGCCGCAGGGGCCGAUGGGGCCUUGCCCUUUGCCCUCUGACGCCUGCCUUUGGCGCCUACGCUGGCGCGCCCCGGCUCUGUGAGGAACGUCGUGGAGGCGUCGCAGGCGCCGGGCCAGUCAGCGUUUGCUCGGCCGCCAGAGGAGGCGGUGGCUGAAGAGAGUUGCGUCCGCUGCUGACCCUGUUGUACGGUAGGCGCCACAGCUAGCUCUAAAUGGGCAAUUUACUUGGUAAACUUAGACCCAGGUGCCGUCGCCGGUCCCUGCCGGGGCCAGGGCGUGGCGCCCCCGCUCCCCUGUCCCGGGACGCCUCCCUGCCCGGCCGGGCUCACUCCGCACCCGCCCCGCGCCCUUUCCGCGGCCUGUUCCGCCGGAAUGCCCGUCGCAGGCCUUCACCGGCCAGCGUCUUCGUUGCCCCUGAGAGGCAGUGUCCUCUCCCGAGGACUGCGGCCACCCCGCUGGGCGUCCUGCCGGCUGUGGGCUGGGGUCCGGCCCCGAAGAACACACUCGUGCUGCCUGCUCGGAACCCCCCGAGUUUCAGACACCCCACCUCUGUGAGGAUCCCUCCUCCCAGCCGCGUGUUCACCCUCCUGCUACCUUCACUAUCUGAGUCGACAGUCAGGGCCAGGAAGCCCCUCCCAGCCACUCUCCCAGAGGACACCGAGGUGCGGGCCCAAGAAGGGCCCAGAAGAGUGAUGAAGGAUGAGGCUUCAGUGCAGAUCGAAGGGCAGGAUGACGAGAGGAGGGCCCUCCUUAGCAACGGUGAAGCGUCAUCCACAUCCAGGUCCCAGGGCACCCAGGGAGACCUUGCCCCCUGCAGAUGCAGCCCUGAGCCUCUGGAGGGAAAUGUGCACCAUAAGUGCUCAGAAAACAACUUGACUGAGAAGGCCCAGGCGUCUCCAUCGAGCUCCUGCUUAGAAGGCCGUGCCGUGCCCAGAGCACACAGCCAGGCCAGAUAUGCCCUGCAUCUUGGGCAGGCUGAUCCUGAUGCAACAGUGCCCCCUGAGCCAGCCCAGGGCUGCCUCCUGCUGCCGCAGAAGUUGACUGCAGAAGUGCUGAAUGAAGAGCGACUGCCCAGCUCUCCAGGUUUGCCCAGGCCGCUGAUGUCUGGAAACUGGAUGGCCGAUGGGAACCCUUCAGGUAUUCCACCAAGGAGCGCUGCCCCUCCCAGAGCUGCCCACAACAGGCCCUGCAAAAGGAAAAUAUCAAUUCCAUUGCUGCUGCCACUGCCCCCUUCACUGCCAUUGCUGUGGGAUCGAGGUGAGCUUCCCCCACCUGCUAAGCUCCCCUGCCUGUCUGUUGAGGGAGACCUGGGCACCUUGGAGAAGAGCCUCGGGUAUAAAAGGAAGAGCAGAAGCUUGGAGGAUGAAACAGAGGCCAUGACAAGCAGCAGCGUCACCCAACUUGCCCCUUCUUUCUCCCCACCAGUGGAGACUACAGACUCCCUGCCCCUGGCCACUUCCAUUUCCACUUCGCAGGUCCCAGCUCCUUCACCCAUCCCUGACUUGGCUGACCUGGCUACCAGACCCCUCAUCCUUCCUGUCCCUCCACUUUCCACCACACCAAAAAUGGAUCAGAAAAUAACAUUCACAAUCCCUAACUCUCCUCUGGCCCUUCCUGCUGACUUUGUUCCCAUUUUGGGGUGUCAGUCUAAUGAGAAAGGAGACUCUUGUCAUUCAGUCGUAGGUGCAGCACCUCCUGCUUCUAACCCCCCAACACCUCCUAGCCCCACACCCUUCUCCCUCAAGCCUCCCUUCAGAUGGGAGUCCCCAAUACCUAUCCCUGUAGAUUCCCCUCCUCCUCUUUCCUUCCCAACUCCUCUUCCAGCCCCUUCUACCAUGACCUCAGUUAUCACCAGCAAGCCUAUGAAUUCCACAUCAGUCAUUUCCACUAUCACAGAAAACACAUCUGCCCACUUAACCUCACAGACUGCAGUAGACCAUGAAACAGUUAACAUGGAUACAGCAACCCCUUUUCAGGCUGUUGUUUUCACAUCUUCUCCAAGCUCCAGGGUGAGCUCUCUCCCAAUUUCCCAAAUACAUUGCAGUACAGAGCAGAGGUACCCAGGAAAGACAUCAGUCUACAUACCUCCCCUUACGUUUAUAUUCCACGACACCACCCCAAGUUUUAACCAACUCUUUAGCAAAGAAGCCAUCUCUAAAUCCAAAUCUGGGGCUCUUGAUGGUCAGCAACAGAAAGCUUCUCUCCCCAGUGCUUGUGUUUUUCCAAGCCUUCCCAUCAUUGCUCCACCAGACACCUCCACUUUAGUGAACAGUGCCUCUGCACCAUCAUUAUCCAAGCCUGCCAUUGACACCAAUGCUAUGAAUGCCACUCCUUCUUCCAAGGCUGCCACCUUGCAGUCUGCCUCUGUCUCCAGGAAGAAGUGCCUCCCAUUUUACACAGGGCUUCCUGGUUCUGAGAACACAUGGCCCAGUGGCAACAUUGCCUCAGCCCAAGGCUCCACCAGCUUGCCUGCACAGUCAUUCAGGGGACCAACUACAAUUUCCAACUAUCUUUCAAAUCCAGGAGGCACCGCUCAGCCCAAAUUUGGGGCCCCCAAGGGGCAGCAGCAGACAGCCUCUCUCCCCAGUGCCCAUGUUUUUCCGAGCCUUCCCAUCAUGGUUCCUCCAGAUACCUCCACUUUAGUGAGCAAUGCCUCUGCAGCAUCAUUAUCCAAGCCUGCCAUUGACACCAAUGCUAUGAAUACCACCCCUCCUUCCAAAACUGUCAUCUUGCAGUCUACUUUUGUCUCCAGGAAGGAGUACAUCCAAUUUUAUGUUGGGCUUUCUGGUUCUGAGAACACACUACCCAGUGACAGCAAUGCCUCAGCCCAAGUCUCCACCAGUUUGCCUACACAUGCAGACAGGAGACCAGCCACAACUUCCAGCCAUCUUUUAAAUACAGGAACCAUCUCUCAUUCCACACUUGGGGCCACUGAUGAGCAGCAAAAAUCUGACAGUUCUUUUAUUCUGGGGAAUCUAGCAACCCCAGCACCAGUUACAGGCUUACCAUCUCCUUCUGCAGAGUUAACAUCACCAUAUUCUGCAUUUGGCACACCUAUUAAUGGCCAGCCAGCCAAGGGUCACAACGCAAGUGCUUUCCCCAAUGGUAUAGCAAAGACUUCUGAAUUUAGAGUUGCCACUGGGAUGCCUGUCACUGGGGACAGUACCUCACUGGUUGGAAAUACUAUUCUAGGCCCACAGGUGAUUAUGGGACCUGGAACCCCUAUGGAUGGUGGGAGCAUUGGGUUCAGCAUGUCUCUGCCAGGCCCCAGUUCCACAUCAGGAGAACUCAACACUGGACAACGACAAAAUGGGAUACCCAGCACCACUUCUGUUCCCCCAUUUGGUCAGGUAACCUGGGAUUCAGCUAGCCACAGCAUGGCUGCUGCACCACAAGGCACUAGCAACAUUCCUGUAUAUCUUUCUGCUGCCACCUAUAUUCCUGGCUUCGAGCCACCUACCCAGCAUUCAGGCAGUAGUAUGGGAGGCGAUGGCACCAAAUCCAUGGUUGGAGGACCUUGUGUUCCUGCUUUUCAACAGUGCAUCCUGCAGCAUACAUGGACAGAGAAAAAAUUCUACACUUCAAGCACCUACCACUAUGGGCAAGAAACAUAUGUUAGGAGACAUCUCUGUUUCCAACUUCCAUAAGACCACCUGUGGUUCACCUGACCACACCACAUCAGUUGUAAACACCAGCGUUAUCCCUAUGAAUGGUUCUUGUUUCGCCUUCAUGCCAAGUGCCUGCCAUGUACCUCUCCAGAACUCAGGUCAUGCACCAGGAGAAGACAACAACAUCCCUGUGGUUGGAGGCCCUUAUGCUCCUUUUCUCCAUUAGUACGCAUGGGACCCCCCUGGACAAAACACAGAUGGUUCAUCAGCAGUGAAUGCCAACAUACCUUUAAUGGGAGGUCCUUGUGUAUCCACCUACCAACAAAGUACCUAAGGCCCACCUGGACAAAACACAGAUGGUACAUCUUCCAGGAGUGUCAGUAUUCACUUGAUGGGAGGCCCUCAUGUGCCCAUGUAUCAGCAAAGCACCUGGGGCUCACAUGGACAAAGCACAAACCAUGCAGUGAGGGUCAGCAACAUAACGGUUGUGACUGGUUAUCCUUAUGUUCUCCCAUUCACACAAAGCACCUGAGGACCACCUGGCUAAACACAGGUGGUGCAAUAGGGGAUAGCCCCAGACAUUUGUAGGGAGAAACCUCUAGUUUCCCUUUCAGUAAAAAUACUAUGGACCUGCCCAACCAAGGUGCUCCUUUUGACUUUAGAGGAGCCACAUUGUUUUCUUUUGUUUGUUUGCUUUUGUUCUUGUUUUCGAGAUGGAGCCUUGCUCCAUCGCUC